GGUUAAACAUUACUACAUCUAAGUGAUCCAAAUACUCUACUUUCGUUCUCUUCUUUCUUUUGAUUAUUGGACUUGGCCGCCGGGUGUCUUACACUACUUCCCGUUCCAUUGCAGAAAGAUGGAUACAUAUAACCCCUGUGCCCAAUGAGAUUUAGUUCAAAGGAUAUGCAGGAUAUCAAUAUGCUAUUUGCUGCUAUUCCAUCUAUUUAUGCAUCAAGUUCGAAGAAUAUCUCAAUAAAUAAUGAAGAAAUAAUAGUCGCUUUAUGUUUUAUAGGCUUUCUCAUAUUCAGUCGGAAUAGUUUAGGUGAUACUUUCAAAGACACUCUCGACGGGAGAAUGGAGUCUAUUCAGGAAGAAUUGCAGCAAUUCUACAAUCAUAACGAAGUCAUUCCGGGGGAAUCCAAUGCACUACAACGAUUACUUAGGAUCAGCUUGUACAUUUGCGGCACCGUAGUAGAAUCAUUACCAACGUUACGCUGUGCGCCUAAGUGCGAAAAAACAGUGAAAGCCUUGUUAUGCCGAAACCUAAAUGUUAAGUCAGCUACACUUCUAAAUGCCACCUCCUCACGUCGCAUCCGUCUUCAGGAUGAUAUAGUAACAGGUUUGAAUUUCUCAGUAAGUGAAAGAUUUGUCCCCGCUUCCACCGCUUCCAUCAUAGAACUUAUUCGAGAGGGCUUGCUAGUCUUAAGAAAGAUCAAGGUUGGGUAGGGUCUUCUAUUCCUUAAGCAUAAGGAAGAGGAUCAAAACAUAAUUCAUAUCUGUUCAUGCUAACAGAAGAGCGGAUCCAAUACACAUCGAGGAAAAUC